AUGGCUAAUGCCGUGAAGCGUCUGUAUGCCUGGUGGCGGGCGAAGUCGCCGCGCGAUGCCCUGCUAGAGACCCUCGCCGACGCACGCAUCUUCGAGGAAUGGGAGGCUUCGGCAUAUCAGCUUGACGAAGUGCUCGGAUAUGAUCUAUGGCGCCAGAACCCCACCAGCAAGUACUACGACUACCGUCUGAUCUACGAACGGCUACAGGCCAUCAUCGACGCCCGCGAAGAGGAUGACAUCCUGGGGCUGGUGAACCUGCUGCGGUCGGGCCUGGUGCGGAACCUGGGCAACAUCACGGCGCCGCGGUUGUUCAAUCGCGCGUAUGCGGGCACGAAGCUGUUGAUCGAGGACUACAUCACUCAGGUCGCCCUGGCCAUCGAGUACGUCACCACCUACCCGACCUCGCCCGGCAGCACCGGCAAUUCCGACUUGGGCCUCACCAACCAGGCCAAGCUCGACGUGCUGCACGACACGCGCCAGGCCUUCGGCCGCAGCGCCCUGGUCCUGCAGGGCGGCGCCAUCUUUGGUCUCUGCCACCUGGGCGUCGUCAAGGCCUUGCAUCUGCGCGGUCUGCUGCCGCGCAUCAUUGCGGGGACGGCCACGGGCGCGCUGAUCGCGGCCUUGGUAUGCGUGCACACGGAGGAUGAGGUCCUGGAGUUCUUGACCGGCGACGGCAUCGACGUGACGGCGUUCGCGAGGAGCAAGGCGGAGAGAGAUCACGAGAAGCAGGAUUUCCUGGAAUCAUGUUUGCAGGAGGGCAGCUGGUGGGGCGCCACGCUGCUGAGACGUCUGAUCCGGUUGGCUCGCGAAGGGUACCUCUUGGAUGCUCGGGCGCUGGAGGAGUGCGUCAGGACGAACGUCGGCGACAUGACGUUCGACGAGGCGUACGCGAAGACGAAGAGGGUGCUGAACAUCACCGUGUCGACCACCAGCGGCGGCGUGCCGAACCUGCUGAACUACCUCACCGCCCCCAAUGUCCUCAUCUGGUCCGCCGCCAUCGCGUCCAACGCCUCGACCUCGACCGCCGCCCACCCCGUCGUGCUCCUCUGCAAGGACGAAACGGGGCGGGUGGUGCCGUGGGCGUCGGCGCAGGAAGCAACCUUCCGGCCCUGGACGCACGCGCAGUACUCGCAGUCGUCGCCCAACGACCGCGAGUCGCCGCUCCACCGCAUCGCGGAGCUCUUCAACGUCAACCACUUCAUCGUCUCCCAGGCCCGCCCUUACCUCGUGCCCUUCCUCCGCUCCGACCUGCACCACCCCAACCCCCGCCAGGACGGCAAGUGGCGCUUCAGCAUGCCCAUCCUGCGCCUCGUCGUGCUCGAGGUCCAGCACCGCCUCAACCAGCUCGACAGCGUGGGGCUGCUCCCUUUGGGGAUCCGCCGCUUCCUCCUCGACGAGACCGUCCCGGGGGCCAGCCUCACCCUCGUGCCCGAGCUGACCCCCCGCGACUUUUGGCGCCUGCUCGAGUACCCCACCCGCGAGUCGCUCGAGUACUGGAUCUUGAGGGGCGAGCGCAGCGUGUGGCCCGCCGUCGGCGCGCUGAAGGUCAGGUGCGCGAUCGAGGUCGAGCUCGACAGGGGCUAUCAGCUCGUGCGCAGGCGCAAGCCCAUGGACGUCGUGCAGGGCGGGCACCAGCAGCAGCACCACGUCGCGGUUGGGAAUCAGCAGCAGCAGCAGGGGCAGCAGCAGCAACAUGGCGGCGGACAUGGACAGCAGCAUGGAGGAGGAGGAGGAGGAGGAGGCCAGAUGGUGACGAAUGGCGGGAGGAAGGGGUCGGCGGUCGGGUUGCAGAUGUCGAUGGGGGUUGUGGAUUCGGGGAGGAGGGUCAGGGCGAGCAGUUUUGGGGGGGAUGGGUAG